GCGAAGCAGACAAAGACAAGACAACUCAACUAAACCUAACCUAACUUCGCCUUACUCUUUUCUUUUUUGGGUAUUACUUAAACUGUUAAACUUUCAUUCGCGUGUUGAAUCUUGAGCUGAGUUGUUUAAGAUAUUAAUUCAUACCUUUAAAUAAUCCUGUGGUUGUCUUUAACCUAAUUUUGUGUAUCCCUUAUGUGUUCACUAAUACAUUCUGUAAUGUAAUAAGUGGAAGUGUCAAAUGCCCAAAGACAACCACAGAAGGAUUCAAGGAAUAAAAAUGAACAGCGAAUUUCAAGCAAUUAUCAUGGCUGGUGGAAAAGGGUCAAGAAUGACAGAAUUGACAUCCAAAAGGUCCAAAUGUUUGCUUCCAAUUGGAAAUUUACCUAUGAUAUGGUAUCCACUUCGAUUAUUGGAAAAGUCUGGAUUUCGAGAGGCUAUAGUAGUCGUGACUGAACAGAUCAAGAAUGAUGUCCAAGUUGCAUUAGACCGCACAGGAUUGAAAAUUCAUACAGAUAUUGUUGGCAUCCCUGGAGGAGAAGACUGGGGUACGGCAGACACUUUGCGACACUUGGAAGAUUCGAAUAAAAUUAAGAGCGAUGUUGUUAUAGUCAGCUGUGAUCUCAUUACCGAUGUCGACCUCUCAGUGGUCAUAAACCGAUUCCGUCAACACGAAGCGUCUCUUGCCACUCUCUUCUUUCAACCAACUCCUGCUACUGUAAUUUUACCAACUCCAGGCCCCAAGUCCAAAAACAAGACAGAGAGAGACUUAGUGGCUAUAGAUCCUGCCACCUCACGGCUGGUGUUUCUAGCCUCAGCCAGUGACUAUGAGGAGACUCUAGAACUGUCUCGGGGUCUACUCAAGAAACACGGGAAAGUACAACUGUAUUCUAAACUGCUGGAUGCUCACGUCUACGUUAUGAGACGGUGGCUGACCAAGUACCUCUCUCACAACAGGAAUAUGAGUACCCUGAAAGGAGAGUUGAUUCCCUAUACUGUCAAAAAGCAGUUUUCUCGUCCACCCUCUGCCAAACACGACCAUGAGAAAGCGGCAUCCGUUGUAUAUUCAUUCCCCAAGACAGAGCUAAUAGACAUGGCCGAAGAAGAGAAGUUGGCUUCAAAAGUGCGUUCAAUGUCCAGUUAUUCCGACCACCGAGGUGAUCAGAGGCCAGCGUACCAUGGAGACCUGAUACGUUGCUAUGCUCAUAUAGCUUCAGAGCAAAACUUUGCUACCAGAGCUAACACCCUGCAGGAAUAUUGCCGCAUCAACAGAGAGAUUGUUGAUAGGUGGACAGCCAUCACAGGAGAGGUGGAGCUAGUGUCUGUGGCUCCGUCAGCUGUGGUGGCCAGUUCUCAGUUGGAGAGAGAGUCUUGCUUGGUAGGUGAGAAGGCUGUGGUAGCUGAGCGUACGAGUGUCAAAGCCUCCAUCCUGGGUCCUCACAGCAUCAUCAAGCCUCGCACCAGGGUACUCAACAGUGUCCUCAUGAGCGGCAGUCAAGUUGGAGAAGGGUGUGUUAUAGUCAACUGUGUGCUUUGUGCUGAUGCAGUGGUGGAAGACAGUUGUGAUCUCAAGGACUGUCUGGUGGGAAGUCACAUAGUUUCUGCUGGAGAAAAACAUUCCAAUGAAGUGCUGACAGAUGACCAUCUUAUUGAAAUUGUUUGAAAUCUCUUCUAACCCAGGCCCAGGAGGAUGGCCUAAGUCACGCAAUGGUGUAUCUGAGCAACAGCAGAUGUGUAUGGCCAGUUGUCGCUAUGCGGAAGGUGUGCGUAGAGAGAGCCGAUUAUUAGCUACAAGUGUGCCUCGGUGGACCACUAGGUCUGCCUUCGACCAUGCAACGGUGCCACCUCGACAAAAAUCGCCUACUAUGCGCCAAGUUAAGAAAAAAACAUGUGCCUGUGGAAAUUAAAUACUUUU